AUGGACGACCAUUUAAGUUCAGGACGUUGCAGAAGAUCUACGCACCGUCAUCCCCGUUCGACUCGUCCAGUGGCAACCGUCUUCGCUGCUGUCGCCGCUCUCGAGGCCCUGCGCUCGACAACGAGCGCGAGUGCCUCACCAUUACCGAUCCCAUUUCUGGACUUUUUGUACCCUUCUUUUGAGCGCAAAUCUAUCGAAGAAAAGCUCUCAGAACCGACGCUACGUUCGUCGACCUCGACCACGGCUGCGACGAGCGCAGCGGAGGCACGCCUUGGGGCUACAUCGACAGUAUCCAAGCAACACAAGCUCUCAAAGCGAGCUCAACCUCCCGGAGUACACAUCGCUAUCAAAUACGAGCCCGCAGAGAUUGGAUGGAUCGAGGCGCUUAGCUGGAACCUACAUGGACGAACAGGAGGGUCCGAUCCAAGUCCUGCGCUAGACCCGAGCAGCGGCCUAGAUAAUAUCCAAAAUUUGGAUGCCAUCGGUACUGGUACGCUCACCGAUAUGGACUUGAGUCAAUUACCAGUCGGCUGGUAUCGUGCCCCUCGCCAUGAAAGCUACUCGCCCAUCUUCGUCACCGUUCUUGCUGUUGUUUUGGUCUUUUCUAUUAUGACCACCAUUGGACUGUGUCGCUGGCGCAAGGCCCACUUACGCAAGCUGCGAGACGUAGAGCAGCUUGAGCGUCAACAAAAGGGGCUCGAGGUCAGCACAGACGAGGAAGGCUCGGACAGCGAGGAACAAUCCAAGGAAAAAUCAGGACGUAAAACGCCACUACGGAAACGCUACAAAGCCUUUGGGAAAUCGACCGCAAUACGGCGUGUCAACGACCGGUUUGUCGCCCGCUUGAGGCGCAAGCACCAUCGAUCACAAGCCGCCGAAAAUACCUCAAACGAUGCGCCUGCUCCCGAUUCUUCACAGACCUCUGUGAGAUCACCGAGCCCGCGACGGGCUGAUCUAUCAGCCCAGUCGCGUAUAUCUUUAGAUGACGGCCCCCGACCCACCUCACCUGCCACACCGACCGUGUCGCAUGCCCUUGAAAACACACCAUUACCUCACUCGCCCUCCAACGAGCCAGCAGAGCCACCUGCUGUGCGCGAGGAUCGCGCGUUUACCACCUCCGACAACCAACCACCUGCCUAUCCCUCAUCCAGCACCCCCACAUCCGCCCGACGACAGGAAAAGGCCCCGAUAAGAGGACGGGAGGGUGACUAUGACGAGCGGGAUCUCACGGGUUAUGUCCGCUCGUUUGACGGCGUCACGUUGGCCAUGCCAGCGGAAGCGCCAGAAGUCAGCACGUCCACAGAAGCUGCACCGUCCUUUGAGUCGAGUUUGAUCGGCUCAUCUCGAAUCGCUGCUGGGGCCAUCCGACAAGCACACGUAGCAACAGAUGACAAGGUGGCAUUGGAACGACUACGAACAAUGGCCGACGCACCUGUUUCUUCAUCCCCAGCACCUAACAGACCAAUGGUUCCUGCCUGGCGCGAGAUGGACGAGUGGCACGCCGAGCAACAAUUGGAGAGCCUACCGGCUACUGAACCAACGAACGCUUCACCGCCAUUAUCCGAUCUACCACUUCCUCCACCUCCGUCAACGACUGUUGUUCCCUCUAACGGGUAUGAAAUUGGCCACUUCUGGUCAUACAUGGGUGAUCCCCCCUCAUCCAGCCGUGCUGGACCCAGUGCACCCCCAACCGACACGAAUGACGAGCGUAUUCCAUCUUUGAUGCCGAGUGCACCCCCUGCUCUUGCUGAAGAAGAGGGGGAUGGUGGAGUGGGACCGUCUGCGCCGGUUUGGGACGAUUCGCUCGGAGAGGUGGCCAUGUUACGGGAGGAACAGGAUGGCUCCACUAGCUCGGACCGAGCGAGAUCCACAUCGCCGUCAUCGAGCGCUAGUAGUGGGAGCGGCGAUGGCCAGCAGUCUAGAUCUUCAGGCCCAAAUUUACCCCGCUACGAGCCAUGA